ACAUGGAUCCUCGUCCUCGGGUCUCAUCACCGCUGUAGUAAUAUCGUUUUGGCACCAAAUGCAACGACGCGUUCCAUUGUGCAUCCGCACAUGUUUGCAAAAAAAAUCACAAUGUGAUCGCAAGGUGCGUUAGUUUUUUUUUUUCAACCUCUGAGCAGCCUCAACUCUCGCCAGUCCCCUGGUCUGGUGCAGAUAUAUUGUUCAUGUGGUUCCCAGGCAGCAGCAGCAGCAGCAGCAGCAGCAGCAGCUCUGACACCACAUCGCUGUUUAGGAUUUGAGAUGGGGAGGAAUCACCAGGAGGCUUACUUGAAGCUGUACACACGACCACGAGACUAGAUGCCCUUUCCGGCGUAUAGAGGUAAAGAAAGAGGAAGCAAACAUAAUCUCACAGCAACCCCAAGGUCCCUUUAAGUGCAACAGGGGCUGCCGGUUUAUUAUGACAGCAGCCUUUAUUGUGACAGACGCGGCGUGUCUGUCUGAGUGGAUCCGGCGGCUGCAGGAUGCGCGCUCCGCGGUGCCCCGACCGACUGAGGGAGCGGGGAGGAGGAGGAGAGGUGCAUGCUGGAUAAUAAUUAAGGACAAACGGUAGAGAGUGUGAGAUCUGGGGGAAAAAAACCGUCACUCACACACACACACACACACAGGCCGUCGACGCGUCCGGACGGUGCCAAUUUGUCGGUUAACUUCGCCGAGCGUAAAUCGUGCGCGCUCGUAAAACCGACAGAGGAGGAGGUGAAGUGCUGCUGCUGGUGUGAGGAUUGAACUGCGGGAGAGUCCGAAGCUCCCCCAGCUCCCAAACGAAAAACUGGAUGUACCUGCUGUUCAGCCACCUGCAACGGUUCCCUGCAUGAAUCAGUGUCAGGAGGGCAACUGCAGACGGCGGUCGCGCCAGGCACCAUGAGGCAGCAAGCUUGGCCCGAGAGAGCGGCGAAUUCCCCCUUCAUCACUCCCGCCCCGGCUGAGCAGCGGAAGAAAUGCACACAGCAGAAGCAGCAGCGGCAGCAGAAGCAGCGGCGGCAGCAGCAGCAGCAGCAGCAGCAGCAGGAGCACACAGCGCAGCGGGGGCCGGCUGAUACACACAUCUGAGAGUGCCGUGCAGAGCAAAUGGGGAAGGCAGAAAGAGACUGAGAGGCAGUAACUGGGAUCGCAUCAUUCUAGAUGGCAGAGUGGCCCGCGCCGCUCUCUGAGGCAGUGAUGUCCUUGUUAACACAUCGUCCCCUGUUAGAGGCUCCUUGUUAGAAGUCACAAGUCGGCCCCCCGCCCCUGUGAGGCUACGGAGCUGAGGGGCAGAGGAAACGGGAAUAUAAAAAUAAAAAAUAAAAAAACCGGGGCGAGAGACAGAGCGGAAAGAAAGAGACUGUGACAGGCCCCCAUGCAGGCGCGUAAGAAGUAUGUCCUGCUGGGCUUGUGUGCGUGCUGCUGGCUGGUCCUCUUUUACUGGGGCGGGGGAGUCCAGCUGCGCUUGCUGCGGCUGCUGACGCGCCAGCGGGGCGAGGUGGUGCGCCCCUGGCCCAACUGGACCGACCGGGCCUUCCUGCCCCGCUAUGCCCACCUGGCCGAGCUCCAGACGGACCCGGGCUCGGCCGAGUCGCCCCGCCAGCGGCGGCAGGCCUGGUCGGCCAUCUACAAGGACAGCCGCUGCCGCAUGGAGACCUGCUUCGACUUCUCCCGGUGCCGCCGCAGGGGCCGCGAGGGGUUCCGGGUGUACAUUUAUCCGUCGGAGAAGAACGACCACGUGUCGGAGAGCUACAGGAAGAUCCUGGCGUCCAUAGGAGAGUCGCGGUACUACACAUCGGACCCCCGCGAGGCCUGUCUGUUCGUGCUCGGCAUAGACACCUUGGACCGGGACCAGCUAUCAGGCCAGUUUGUGCCCAGCAUGGACGAGCGCAUUCGUGGUUUCCCGCUGUGGAAUGACGGGCGGAACCACCUGAUCUUCAACCUGUACUCGGGCACGUGGCCCAACUACACGGAGGACCUGGGCUUCAACAUCGGCCAGGCCAUCUUGGCCAAGGCCAGCCUCAACACGGAGCAUUUCAGGCCCGGCUUCGACAUCUCCAUCCCGCUGUUCUCCAAGGACCACCCGCAGAAGGGCGGCGAGCGCGGCUGGCUGGUGAGAAACACCAUCCCGCCGCGGAGGAAGUACCUGCUGAUGUUCAAGGGGAAGCGCUACCUGACGGGCAUCGGCUCCGACACCCGAAAUGCCCUCCAUCACAUCCACAACGGGAAGGACAUUGUGUCGCUGACGACGUGUCGCCACGGGAAGGACUGGGAGAAGCACAAGGACGCCCGCUGUGACCAUGACAACUUGGAAUACGAGAGGUUUGAUUACCAGGAGCUCCUCCACAACUCCACCUUCUGCCUGGUGCCUCGAGGUCGACGCCUGGGCUCCUUCCGCUUCCUGGAGUCACUGCAGGCGGCGUGUAUCCCCGUGCUGCUGAGUAACGGUUGGGAGCUGCCCUUUUCUGACAUCAUUCAGUGGAACCAGGCGGUCAUCGAGGGAGACGAGAGAUUACUGCUGCAGGUGCCGUCCACGGUGAGAGCAGUCGGGAACGAGAGAGUCCUGGCCCUGCGGCAGAGGACCCAGAUGCUGUGGGAAGCCUACUUUUCCUCUGUGGACAAGAUAGUCCUCACCACGCUGGAGAUCAUCAAGGACCGCGUGUUUGCUCACAUAUCGAGGAACAAGUACAUGUGGAACUCGCUGCCAGGAGGCCUGCUGGUCCUGCCAGAGUACUCAACCCACCUUGCACACUUCCCUUUCUACUACCUGGGAUUAGGGGUCAGUCCAGGUCAGGAGUUCACUGCUGUCAUACAGGCCGUCUCCCCAUUGGUCUCGCAGUCUCAGCCAAUCAUGAAGCUGCUUCAGGUGGUCUCCAAGUCAAAGUACUGCUCACAGAUCAUCAUUCUUUGGAACAGCGAGAAGCCGCCACCCAGUCGGAGCAAAUGGCCCCCCAUGCCCGUCCCCCUCACUGUGACAGAUGGCAGGAGGAAGACCACCAGUCGGUUCCUACCUCAAGUUGCCAUAGAGACAGAGGCAGUGCUGAGUCUGGACGAGGAUACAGUCCUACUGACCAGUGAGGUGAACUUUGCCUUCUUGGUGUGGCGGAGUUUCCCUGAGCGGAUCGUGGGCUACCCUCCCAGGAGCCACUUCUGGGAUCCUCUGAAGCGCGCCUGGGGCUACACCUCUAAGUGGACCAACGACUACUCCAUCGUCCUGACUGGGGCCGCCUUCUACCACAGGUACUACCACUACCUGUUCUCCCACUACCUGCCGCAGUCUCUGCGGACUCUGGUGGACCGCACGUCCAACUGCGAGGACAUCCUGAUGAACUUCCUGGUCGCCGCCGUAACCCACCUGCCGCCGAUCAAAGUGGCUCAAAGGAAGCAGUACAAAGAGUUGCCAAGCCCACAGGGUACGAAGAGCGUCCCCUGGGCCAACCCGGAGCACUUCAACCAGCGGCAGGAGUGUGUCAACGCCUUCGCCAACUGGUUUGGCUACAUGCCCCUGGUUCACUCGCAGUUUCGCUUGGACCCCGUGCUCUUCAAAGACCAAGUGUCGGUCCUCCGCAAGAAAUACAAAGACCUGGAGAGGGCGUGAACUUGAUGGAAAGACUGGCGUGGAGCAUCUGGUCUAGUGGCCUUUUGGACAGACAAUUUGUCCAAUCACUGGUGGACAAGUCAAGAUGCAGUACUCAAGGACUGUCUGGGAUGUGGACAAGAUGAUCAGCAUCAAGGACAGAGUACAAACAUCAGGCAGACCCUGGUGGACUGUUCUUGACUAUUAUACAUUUAGAUAUGAAGAGAAACGGGCCUAUAAAGUUUGAGAGGAGCGUCAAAUGAAUCUCCCACCUCCGUGAGUCCGGUAGGGCCACAAAGGAAGAAAUUCAGGGGCCUUGAGCGGGGCCCCUGUAAAAGGGCGUCUCACUGAGAAGGAACAAUCUCGAUUGGACAGCAUUUAAAGGAUUCGUUUGAACACUUCUCAGUGCUAUUGCGGUGACAAUAAGAAGGAAAUAGCUAUCUCAUGCAAGAAGAACCCGAGGAACGGGUAUCGGUGCCAUGCACUCCGGCUGUCUAUGUGUCUCAGCGUUACUGUGCAGGGGACUGUUGCCAACAUUAAAAAAACAAAAACAUGAUAAUUUCACAUCAAAAUGCUAACUGUAAAACCAAUAAAAUGAUUUGUAAACGCAAACUCUGGCUAGGUGCCCCAGACACUCCCAAGUUUUUUUCUCCACUUACUUGACAACUCGGUCCAGUAUAAGAAGUAGAGGACAUACAUUUUCAGCAGAGAUUAUGGAAUCAGAUUGCGUCAUGCUACAUUUGAAGGCACUGUACAGGUUAAUACCAAAAGUUAAUUAGCCACUUUCCCACCGCAGGGAAUAAUCUCAACCCUAUUCCAAUGAAGGGGGCCUAGUUCAACUUCUUGAAAAAAAAAAUUUGACAGACCAGAAAUCAUGAGGAAUGAAUAGG